AUGGCUGCUGCAGCUGUUGCGCAGCCAGAAGGUGCUUCUGGAUACGCCGCCUUGCCUCAGCGCCCUGCAGAGGACUGGGUCUGCCACGUGAACAGCGCCAAGAGGAAGAUCCGCAGCGAACUCUCCCUGGAAGACUGGCAGAAAUAUGGCUUCGGGCACAGGAGAGCGGCGGAGUUCGAGGCGUUGGCGGAUUUGGGAGGGCUGCCACGUGAACGCUGGGAGGAGCUAAGCGUCGAGGAGUUCUGGGACAAGUACGAGAAGCCAGGGCAGCCGUGCUUUAUCGCGGGCGUGCCCGCAAAGGAGGGCUGGCCUCGUGAGAGAUGGUCCUGGGAGAGCUUCUUCAAGAGGUAUGGCAAAUCCUCCUUCAAGGUGGGCAAAGACGACCGUGGCGGCUCCGUGCGGCUACGGGCAGACCACUUUGAGCGCUACGCGCAGCAGCAGCAAGAUGACAGCCCUGUCUACUUGUUCGACAACCAGUUCAAGCAUGAGAAGAAGGCCAUCCUGGAUGACUAUAGGGUUCCGUCCUACUUCCCGGACGACUACAUGGGCCUAUGCGGAGACGACCGGCCGCCGUAUCGCUGGGUGGGUGUGGGGCCAAAGAGGAGUGGCACCAUCAUGCAUCAGGACCCUUUGUGCACCUCAGCCUGGAACACGCUGCUGGUUGGCCGGAAGCUCUGGCUGCUGCUGCCCCCGGAGACGCCCAAGAAGGUGGCCAAGGCCAAAGAUGUCAUGCUGCCAGAGGACGACGAUGAAGCGUGCAACCACUUCCUGGACUUGCUGCCGCGGAAGCGCGCGAGGCAGGAUCCUGACUUCAAGCCUUUGGUGUGUGUGCAGCAUGCUGGGGAGACCAUCUAUGUACCGGGCAACUGGUGGCAUUGCGUGGUCAACUUGGAUGAUACUAUUGCUGUGACGCAGAACUACGUUGGCCGCAACAACUUUCCUCAAGUUUGGCGCAGCUGCAGAACAGAGAGGCCCUGCUGGAGUCAGCGCUGGCUGCGGGCCAUGGACCGCCAGUGCCCGGAGCUCGCGGCCUGGGCGCGGCGCCUGAACGCAGAGGAUGGCUUUGACAUGAACGAGCUGCGCCAGAAAAACAGCCAUUUCGACAGGGCUGCGGCUCCUGCAGCACCAGCAGCGGCGCCUGCGCCGCGCGCUGCAGCGGGCGAAGCGCCGGGGCCAAGCGCAGGACGAGCAGGCCUGGUUGGCUCAAUGGCAGCAGGAGGAGGGGGGGAUCAACUCCGACUCCACUGCAAGCACCACGAGCAGCAGUUCUGA